UUUUAACUAUAGCAAAAAAGUUCAUGGAUGCCAUACAAGAUUUUAACACUCUUGGAAGUAUUAGAACCACCAAAUAUGGAGAAACAUUUGAGGGUUUCAAGAAGGGAGAGGACGACGAGGAACCACUAAGUCCUAUGGCUCAGUUGCUUCAUGAGCCUGGUUCUAAUAUGUAUAUCAUUUGUUUCAUCGGGUUAAAAACAAAAAUUCGUCCUGAUGUAAUCAAGGAAAAUUUGGUGAAUGCUGUCGUUAAAAAUCGUCGAUUUUCAAGCUUGCAGGUAAGGGACAAGGCAAACGGUAGCAUGAAAUGGAUUCCAACACAUGUAAACAUAGAUGACCAUGUCAUUAUAGCGGAACUAGAUCCUAACAUAAAAUCACCCGACAAAUUUGUUGAAAAUUACAUCUUAAAUCUCAGUAGAUCAGGUAUUGAAAGCACAAAACCCUUGUGGGAUUUCCAUCUCAUCGACGUUAAAACGUCAGAAGCCGAAGGCACAUGUAUCUUUCGUUGCCAUCAUUCCAUUGGUGAUGGAAUGUCCUUGACGAAUCUCCUAAUGUCUUGUACACGUAAAGUCUCUGAUCCGGAUUCUGUACCUACUAUUCCUGGUAUGGACAGGUUGGGUGCGGCUAAAGUUGCUAAUCUUUGGUCAAGACUUGGUGUUUUUUGGAAUACUUUUGUUGCUCUUUUGAUGUUUGCGUUGACUGGACUGUUCCUAGAAGACACAAAAUCCCCAAUUAAAGGCUCAAAAGGUGUGGAGGGUAGGCCAAGACGAUUUGUCACUCGAAGUGUAAGCCUUGAGGACAUUAAGUUUGUAAAAAGAGCUAUGAAUGUGACAUUUACCGACGUAGUUCUUGGAGUCACACAAGCAGCAAUGUAUCGCUACAUACGUGAGAGAUAUAAUGAUAAAAAUAUGGAUAGUCCUCAUAACAUGCGCAUUCGUGCCACCAUUCCGUUUAACCUUCGAACCACCAUGAAGAUUGAUGAUUUCACGCAUAAGGAUAAUGGCACAUGGGGAAACAAGAUUGGGUAUUUAUUACUUCCAUUCGAUAUCCGAUUCAAAAAAGAUCCUUUAGAUUAUGUUCGACAUGCAAAUUCCACAAUGAAACGCAAGAAGGCUUCCUUGGAGCCCUUGUUCACUUAUUACUUUACUAAGUUAGUCCUAAUGUUGUUUGGCACAAAGGUUACAGGGGAAUUGACUCAUAAAGUUGUGCAUAAAACAACACUAAUAUUUAGUAAUAUCCCUGGACCGCAAGAUGAAAUCACCCUUUUUGGACAUAAAGUUGCAUACCUUGCUCCUAGUUGUUAUGGGCAACCAUAUGCACUAAUGAUUAAUGUGGUGAGUUACAUGGACAAAGUAAUGUUUGUCAUGUCAGUUGAUGAAGAAACGAUACCAGACCCUCAAAAACUUUGUGAUGCUUUUGAAGAAUCCCUUCGCAACAUCAAAGCUUCUGCUUAAACCGCAUAAUGUCAAAUAAAUAAGCUAAGUGGGAUUAUAUAUAACUAUUGAUGCAUAAGUACGUAUAAGCAUGAAAUCACUAGGGAAAACUUCAUACGUUCACGGUGAUAUGAAUUUGUGUGUAAUCCAUGAAGUAUGACACACAUCAAAAGCAAAAACAAUAAAGAGAAACUAUGUGAGAAAAUUGAAGGUCCAUGAGAUGGAUCGAUUA